GUUGUAACAACUUUCUAUUACAGUUCCGUGCACUCUUUAUAUAUCUAUAGCAGAUGAGAAUGCUACUUUAUUAUAAUUCUUGUUAUUGACUUUCUUAAAAUUCUUGGAUGAGUAUUUCCACCCCUUCAAGCAUGGCCUUCUCUUCUUGUUUUUGCCACUUUUUGAUCUCACACAAGGAAAAAAGCGUUCCCUAGCAGGAUUUUUCCCAUUCGUUGACCUCGAACCUGAGACCUUUGGUUAAGGUGAAGGGAUUCUCUUCAUCCCACCGUAAUCUUUGGUGAUAAUAUUUCUGCAGAGGAACAAUGCUGCCUCUUUUGCUCUUGCACCAAUUAUUAACUCUGAUGUUUCACGUCAAAAAGUUGGGGGAUUGGGAACCAAGCUAAGCACUGGAUGGAGUUUUCUGGGAGGAUCAAGAAUCGUUAUUCGUCCAAAUGUUACAAGAAAUCUUCUGCAAAGAAAGAGCUCAAUGGGUCGGAAAGCUCUCAAAUUGCUACUAAUGUAUUCCCAUUGGGAACAUUAGCAGUUCUUCCCUUUUAUUUCUUCAUGGUUGUGGCACCUAAAGCUGCACUUGCCCAAAAAGUGAUGGAGAGCAGCAUACCUUAUAUUGUGCUUGGACUUCUUUAUGUAUAUCUCGUGUACCUCUCAUGGACACCAGAUACAAUGCAGCUAUUAUUUCCUAAUAAAUAUUUGCUUCCAGAGCUGGAUGGUAUUGCUGAGAUGUUCUCCAGAGUGAUGACUUUAGCUUCUGCAUGGAUUCACCUCUUGGCUGUAGAUCUUUUUGCUGCUAGGCAGAUUUAUCAUGAUGGAUUGGAGAAUGAUAUCGAAACGCGCCAUUCCGUGACAUUGUGCUUGAUGUCUUGCCCUAUUGGAAUUGUUUCGCAUUUCAUCACCAAAGCUCUAUUCAGUAGACGUGACAGAUAAUCAGGAUUGCAAUUUGACUUUGUUUAGCAAAUGAUCUACGAGUGUAAUUAUCAUCAAUUUGUAAAGGUUUUCAUUUAAUGAAAGGUGGCUUUCUAAGUUUUUAUUGAUGUGAUGUAACAUUAAGGCAUAUUUAGUACCAAUUUUUAGAAUUAUUCAUUUUUAAAUAAAGGUGACUUCCUUUCUCUUA